AUGCCGCUUGUGGGUUGCCUAUUUCAUUCGGUGGAGGUGUGGUCAUUCAUUUCAUUUUCAGUGGCCUCGGGUGUGAUAGUGUUGUUCGACCAUCUGAUUACAAUUGAUGACGAGAGAGGCCACUGGUCAAUAGGCAAACUCUUAUUCAUAAUUAAUCGAUAUUACACAUUUUUAUCUGUCAUGUGUCACCGUUUCUCCCGGUGGCAAGGAUGGACAGGCCUAAUUGCGUGCAUGAUAGCGGAAGUGAUUCUACAGAUGCGGCUUUACGCAUUGUAUCUCCUCAACAAAAAGGUGCUGGCCCUCAUGGUCACGAGCUUUGUUAUAAGUUCAGCUAGCGCAGCGGUUAUCAUGGGCCUAGUUCUGUCUAACAUAAGCAGUACGCUCGUAGCGGUGUCAUACGCCCUUCCAGGUAUCUCUAUCUGUGCCCUGAGCGGUAUACCUGAUUACUUCUAUGCUUUCUGGAUUCCGAUAAUCGUAUUUGAGUCCAUGUUGUGUGGACUAGCGCUGUUUCGGGGAUACCAAAUGUUCAGCUCCGAUAGACCUCUCUUCAGCUCUGGACGGCAUCUCGUUAGUAUCCUCAUCCGAGAUUCAGUAUUCUAUUUUGUCGUCAUGUUCGCAACAUACCUCACCAAUUUACUAGUCUGGACUACUGCACCAGCUGACCUUCUUGAAAUUCCCAUAGGAUUUUCCGUCACGUUUUCAUGUGUCAUGUCUAACAGGAUCAUCCUCAACGUUCGCAGAGCGAACGAAGAGGUUAUCGAGUCCAAAGCUACUGGUUCCCCUAAAGAAGGUCCGGAUAAGGCCGUGGAUCUACUUGGUGACCAAGGAUAUGUUUCCCAUACCCGUGUCCGAUAUUGA